GACCUAACAAACAGAAACUGCUGGUGGCUUCCCUGGAGACCUUUGCAACCUUCAACAACAAGCUCCAGUGUUCUCAAUUAUAGAAAUUUUUAAGCUGCAGUGAAGAAGCACCACUUGGUUCACUCACCAGCUUGCCAAUGAUCCAGCUGAUAGUCACCCCCUCAAAUGUGCUGGCAGAUGAGCCUGUGUCCAUCAGAGCCACAGGCCUGCCUCCGUCGCAGAUAGUGACCAUCAAGGCGACACUGAAGGAUGAAAAGGAGAAGCUGUUCCAAUCCAAAGCCUUCUACAAGGCCAACGAAGCUGGCGAGGUGGACCUGGAGCAGGCAUCAGCCUUGGGGGGUGACUAUGUAGGGGUCCACCCAAUGGGCCUCUUUUGGUCUCUGAAGCCGAAGAAGGCUUUCCAGAGGCUGAUGAAGAAAGAUGUGAUGAACAGCCCCCUUUGUAUCACUCUGUACCUGUAUGACUCUAUUUGCUUGGGAGAUUCAGCCACAAUUAGACCCAAGGCCUGCCAGAUGGUGCAGCGUUGGUUUGCUGGCCCUGGGGUUCAGCGGAUGCAGAUCCGAGAAGGUCGGGUACGUGGAGCCCUUUUUCUACCUCCAGGAGAGGGUCCUUUCCCAGGAAUUAUUGACAUGUUUGGGAGCAUUGGUGGUCUAAUUGAAUUUCGUGCCAGUCUUUUGGCUUCCCAUGGCUUUGCAGUGCUGGCAUUAGCGUACUUUGCUUAUGAAGACCUGCCUGAUGAACUGCAUGAGAUUGACUUGGAAUAUUUUGAGGAAGCUGCCAACUUCCUACUAGCUCAUCCCAAGAUCCAACAACCAGGAAUUGGUGUGAUCUCCGUGAGCAAAGGUGCAGAGAUCGGGCUGGCUAUGGCCUGCUAUCUGAAGCAGGUGAUUGCCACUGUCUGCAUCAAUGGGCCCAGUGCCAUCUUAAACUUUCCACUAAGGUAUGGGGAUCUAGUUGUGACACCCAUCCAAUCAUCUCUGGAGCGAGUCCAAGUCCAUGCCUCAGGGGCUCUGUGUUGCCGUUCCCUUAUAGGUGGGAAUGAGCUGAACUCACAGAGUAUACUUCCUGUGGAAAAAGCCCAAGGGUGGCUCCUCUUCAUUGUAGGAGAGAAUGACGAAUGCCUGAAUAGCAAGGCAUUUGCACAGAGAGCCAUGGACCAGCUCCACAGCCAUGGAAGAAGCAGCGGCAGAAUGCUGGCAUACCCCGGGGCAGGCCACCUCAUAGAGCCAUCCUACUCCCCCUGUUGCUUUGCAUCUUGGCACUCUGGCUUGACUAACCCCUUGCUUUGGGGAGGAGAUCCCAUUGCUCACGCAGCAGCCCAGGAACACUCCUGGAAAGAGAUUCUGAAGUUCUUCAAGCAACACCUCCCUCAGUCCAGAAGCAAACUCUAAGCAAAGGAAGUGACCUUGCCCAGGUAGCAGGCAGGA